UACAUGGAAGCAUUAGCUCGGCUGCAUCUUACUGUGACCAGAGCCUAUAAAGUGAAUCCUGAUAUCAACUUUGAAAUCUUUAUCCAUAAAGUUGAUGGUUUAUCUGAUGAUCACAAGAUUGAAACCCAGAGAGAUAUUCACCAGAGGGCAAAUGAUGACCUUGCAGAUGCUGGAUUGGAGAAGAUUCACCUCAGCUUUUAUCUGACAAGCAUAUAUGAUCAUUCUAUAUUUGAAGCGUUUAGCAAAGUGGUACAGAAACUGAUUCCACAGCUCCCAACACUGGAAAACCUGCUUAACAUCUUUAUUUCAAAUUCUGGGAUUGAAAAAGCAUUUUUGUUUGACGUAGUCAGCAAGAUCUAUAUUGCAACAGACAGUACUCCAGUGGAUAUGCAAACUUAUGAGCUCUGCUGUGACAUGAUAGAUGUUGUGAUUGACAUUUCUUGUAUAUAUGGGCUUAAAGAUGAUGGCACUGGAACUCCUUAUGACAAAGAGUCAAUGGCAAUCAUAAAGCUGAACAACACAACUGUCCUUUAUUUGAAAGAGGUGACAAAAUUCCUGGCUCUUGUUUGUUUUGUCAGAGAAGAAAGCUUUGAGAGAAAAGGAUUAAUAGACUACAACUUCCACUGUUUUCGAAAAGCCAUACAAGAGGUGUUUGAAGUGAGAAUGAAAGUCGUGAGGUCUCGCAAACAUCAGAGCCACAUGCAGAAAGCUAAAAGAGCCACUCCCAACGGGACACCCAGAGUGCCACUGUAGCUGAGCUGUCCUGGCAGGGUGGCAAGUUCUCGUGAAGCUGAUGUGACUCCUGCAUCUCAUUGCACUGAGCAAGAGGCAACCCAAUGGGACUGGUGUAUUCCAAGAGUUCUCCCUGAAGGUUCAGCAAGCACUGUUGAAAUAUUUUUAUCCAAUCAGUUGGGUUUUUUUCAUAUAGUGAGCACUUUGAGCAAAAAUGUUGUAUAUAUAUAAGCAUUGAGGUGAACACUUGUAAGGAUUUUCUUAAUAUAUGCUGUAAACCUUUUUUUCAUGCCAUAUUGAGAGAAAAAGAAAAACAAACAGCUGUGACAGAAAUACUGGGUACAUAAUUUGCACUUUUUCAUGUUUUCCUUGUGGAGUUGGACUUUGAUAAACUUAGUUUUUAUGGUGAUUUUUGAUGCAUGGUGUCAGGUAAAAUGUAUGCUGUAGUUUCUUUACCUGCUACAAUCAAAUUGGGUAGUAAACAAUUGAGAAAACUCGGGACAAUGACUUUUAAAAUUUGUGACAGCUAAUGCCUAGCAUUCAUACAGAUCUAAUUUCCUAUAUUUUUCAAUUUGUAAACUGAAGAGUAAUUUUGAAGUAUUACAGCAAUAAGCACCUCACCAGGAAGCAUAACUGGUAGGUAAAUAUCAGCUUUUAUAAAACAAGGCUCUUGGCCAAAUCCCAUCUGGAUUUCUCCAUAACACUGGUCGUGCCCUCUCUUGGGUCUGUUUUUAUUAUUUACCUCAGUAUAUACCACUAAAAUACCUUUCUAUAAAGAUAAUUGUUUUGUAAAAUGGCUCUAUGUUGCACUGGUAUUUUUCUAAGGCUUCAGAGGAGGGUGUUGGAUCUGUAAGGCUGAAUUUCCAUAGCUGAGUUUGUUUGGAGAGCCUGCACAUGUACAGUUGGCACAGUGAAGAAUCUGUAUGUAUUUCUACCCUGAUGUACUAUUAAGAAGUGGCAAAGAUGUGAGCACUGGGUUCUGGUCCCCUCCA